UUAUCUUUUUUAGUGCAUUUUUAAAAAUGGUAGCUCGUGCUAAAUCGGGUUCUCCGCCUAUUAAAAUUAUGAAAAAGAGCGAAAUUCAAUCUUCAAGUAAUUUUGUGGAAGAAACUGCCUUUGGAGAGAAUUUACAAAUUGGUUGUUUUGAUGAUACUUUCAAAAAAUUCUUCGCUUAUUCUGGUGGUGAUGUUAUUUCUUUUAAUGUUGAUAGUGGUGAAAGAAUUCGAGUUUACAGGCAUAAAGGUUCUGUGGUUAUUGGUGUCUACUUUCAGGAUAAUUUGUUAUUAUCUUUCACUAAUUUACCACAAUAUUUUCUUUGGAAUGUGGAUAAUGGGGAUCAAAUAGCUUCAAUUAACAUUCAACUUCCUUCUGAUCAAUUAGCUCUCUGGACGUAUAAUUUCGAUGGAAAAUAUUUUAUUCUUGCUCAAAGUAUUGAAAAUACGAAAAAAUCACAAGUUAAAACAACGAAGAGUUCUGUCAAUGAAAAUCAAGAAUCUUCUCUUUUCGAAAUUCUCCAACUCAACACAACUCAAAAUUCUUCUCAAAAAUCGAAAGUUUCAACUCGGCUGGUUGCUCAACUAGAAAACACUCCUCCUUCAAAAGCUCAUUUAGCUGUUUAUUCUGGAUUUUUUGUAAAAUGUGAAAAAAGAAUUGUAAAAAUUUAUGCUUUUGGCGAGGAUGAUGAGGAAGAAAAUGAAGAUGAAAAUUUGGCAAAUGGUACAAAUGAAGAUGAAGAAAUGGAGGAGCAUGUAAAAGGAGGUUCAAAUUCGGCUGUGAAAUUGCCUAAACGUCGUGAGUACCAUAUUGAUGCUAAAUUCGAUGUUGUUGAUCAAAACCUUGUUGAAUUUAAAGAAGUUGUUAUUGCUGGAAAUUCGUUGUAUGCUGUGUUGAAUAUUGGACGUGUUUAUUGCUGGACCGAUUUUACAACGAGAGGCUUGUCAACUUUCAAUCUUUCUCAUUUUACUUUGUCUGGGUACGAACCAACAAUUUGCGUUUCGGAUAUUGGAACUUCAUUUAUAGGCUUUGGAAAUGCACAACUUUACAAAUACAAUUUAACUGCUUCGAGUGGUGUUGGAAGAUGGAUUUCACAUGAACAUUUAUUACUCGAAUCACCGCCUCGUUCUUUGCUGCUUUGUGGUGAUUUUACUAAAAUGGCUGUUUUGUUGAGGGAUAACACUCUUUGUUUUAUUAGUACGGCGCAAAUGCAACUAAUUUCACGUGCAGAGGUUUUACACGUUUUGUGUCUUCCUGAACAAUACAAUAAUGAAAAUUAUCGUUUCUCAAUUACUAAUGAUCCGGCAUUGGAAAAUGAAUUAUUAUUUGUUGCAAAUGCGCGGCUAGGUCAUAUUCAAUGGGUUGACCCUCUUUGUUGGCAAACUACUUGUAUUUUGGACAUUGCUGAAGAAAAUGGCCCUCCACCCCAAGAUACUUUUAACAUGCCUAAAUUUCAAUGGUUAAAUACUUAUUUGGUUUGUUUAAGUAUGCAAAUGCUUGUUAGUUGUGAAUCUGGUCGAGAUAAUCCUGAAAAGACAUUAAUAAAAUUUUGGAGACGAUCAAAAAGCAAAUCUUUGGCAAAUGCUUCUUUUAAAUUGGAAAAUUGUGUCGAAUUACUUGAUAAACGAAUAAAAUUUUUACGUUCUACAUUUGAUGAAUUUACAAACAUACCUUCGUCAUCUAAUGCUAAUGAAAUGGAAUUAUCGGUAAACAAUGAAGAAUUUAUAUUUGUUUACUCAACUGGAUUAAUCGACAUUUACAAAAGAGAUGCUUCGAGAAGAUCAUCUCAUUGGUCUGUCGAUUUAAAAAGGCGUGAAUCAAACUGGCAAAGAUGUUUAAUAACUUCAUGCUCUAAAGUUCGCCAACGCUUAUUUGCAACAAUUCAAAUAUUGAACGAUUCCACAUUUAUUGUUUUGAGAAAUGUUGAUGAAAUGAAAAUUACUCGAGUGAUUGAUAAUCUUGUGGAUGCAAAACAAGUUGAAUGGUCACAUUCUCCAAACAUUUUAAUUGUUUUAUGUGCUUCUGGAUUAGUUGCUUUUAAUUGCAAAAAAGAAAAUCAAUUAAAUCCUCUUUGGAUUAUCAAACAACCCAAUUUUGUUAAUUUAGGCUCUAGUCGUUCUUUUACAUUUACACAUAAUGGACAAGAAGUUCAUCUAUUAAAUCCUGAGGAUGGAACUAUUAAUAAUUUUAUGGAAGAUAUUCGGUUUAGUCACCCCCAAAAGAGGAUAAUUGCUUUACAAAAACAUUCGAAAGAUAAAAGAAUAUGUAACAACAUUUAUUUUUGUGGAAUUAAUGAUCAGGGAUCUUUCACACUUAUUUCACCAAAAUUGCCUUCUAUUGAAGAAAAGAAUCAAAUUCAAAUGGAAGAAGAAAAUUGCAAUAUUAUUAAUAAAAAUUUAAACAAAAAAAUAAAAUCAGAAAAACAGACAGCAUUUUCUCGAUUAGUUGAAAUAGAUGAAGAAAAGAAGAUUGAAAAGAAGAAAAGGAAAAAUAAAAAUAAUGAAGAAGAAGAGGAAGAAGAUAAAUCCUUAAAGAAGCCUCGUUAUUUAUUAAAACAAGUUUCUAUCAAAAAAAUUAUUGAUGGCCCAGCAUAUACUUUACCUUCAAUUUCGGUAUUGGCACAACGUUUUGUUCAAGCAUGUCUAGUAAGGAGACGGUCUUAAAAAAUUUUUUUGAUAAUUAUUGUUAGGGAUUUUUUGUUAACAUCUUUUCAGAAUUUUUUUUCAAUGUUUCCUUGUUUUUCUAUGUUUCAGAAAAAUGUCCUACAAAAAAUCUUUUUACAUUUUGUUAAAGUUGUUUUUUUUUUGAUUUUUCAGAUUUUAAAAUUUUUAUCCCUUAGAGGGAUUUUGG